CAUCACCCAACGACACUCUACUCUUCAAUUAUAUUAGCGUUACACAAAAGAUCCCCAUUCGUAUUUUGAUUACUUCAGUUUGGCGCAGCAUGACUCCUCCUGCGACAACGGACAAGGGUAGUGAGUUUGAAGCAGAGAGGGUAUCCGCAGCCGUUCCCAAUGAAACGACGGGCGGUGUGGGUGGUGCAUCAGUGACAGUGUUGCCGCCCGAGCCCGUCCAUGGGUUGGAUGUUGAUAAUAACAGUGACGCCGAUUCUGCAGUCGACGGUGUGGAGGACUUCUCGUCAACGGCUUCAGUUCGUUCCAGUGUGUAUGAUUAUAUCGAAGAGAAUGGAAGGAGAUAUCAUAGAUUCAAGGAAGGCCAGUAUCUAUUACCAAAUGACGAGUCAGAACAAGAAAGACUUGAUAUUCAACAUAAUCUCAUGCUUCUUGCUUUGGAUGGAAAACUACAUGUUGCACCAAUCGAGAACAUGCCAGGAGGCCUACAUAACGUCUUAGACAUCGCCACUGGAACAGGAAAUUGGGCCAUAGAUUUCGCAAACGCAUAUCCAACAACGAGUGUAGUCGGAACAGAUCUCAGUCCCAUCCAACCAGAAUACCUUCCCCCAAACUGCCGCUUCGAGAUUGACGACGCAGAAGACGACUGGCUCUUCCCCGUCCCAUUCGACUACAUCCACGGCCGCGCUCUCAUCACAUGUUUCAGAUCCCACCACACAGUCUUCACCCACGCAUUCAACUCACUCCGCUCAGGCGGCUAUCUCGAACUCCAAGACUGCGAUCUCCCCCUCCGUUUCAUAGACGAUAGCGGUAACGGCACCGCUCUCGGGACAUGGAGCCAGCGCCUUAUGGCCGGGGGUGCAGCACUCGGGAAAGAUCUCACGAGGGGGAGAAGGUAUAAGGAGAUUUUGGAGGAGAUUGGGUUUGUGGAUGUGGUGGAGAAGAGGACGCAGUUUCCUAUUGGGACGUGGGCGAUGGGGAGGAAGAAUAAGACGUUGGGGGCGUGGAUGAGGCAUGAUAUGUUGACGGGGCUGCAGGCUAUGAGUAUGGCGAUUAUGACGAGAGGGUUGGGGAUGGCGAGUGAGGAGGUGGAUGGGCAUUUGGUGGAUGUUAACGCGGAGAUUGAGAGUAAUAGGGUACAUGCUUACUACUCUAUUGUGUUGGUGUAUGCUCGCAAGCCUUAGGGCGUGAAGCGCAUCGCAGUGCCACAUACGACAGUAUCUAGAUGUAGGACGAAGCACUGUCUUCUACCCUCCUCUUAGCUUCUGGUAUCAUGGACACCUACAAAUACACCGGACAGCAUAGUUAUGCGGAUAGCUACUACGUAGACGAAUAGAAGUUCCCAAUCCGCAAUUCUUUCAGGUUCAG